GUUUGCCUCUGCCGCCGCCGCCGCCGCCAUGGAGGCCCUCCACGAGGAGAUGCCCUUCGACCUCGCCUUCCACCCGUCCUCCCCCCUCGUCGCCACCUCCCUCAUCACCGGCGAGCUCCACCUGUUCCGGUACGCCGCGGAGUCGCAGCCUGAGAGGUUAUUUGCGGCAAAAGCUCAUAAGGAGUCAUGCAGAGCUGUCCGGUUUGCGGACUCAGGAAAUGUCAUUUUGACAGGAUCUGCUGAUUGCUCAAUUCUUGCCUCUGAUGUGGAAACUGGCAAACCCAUUGCUCGCUUGGAGGAUGCACAUGAGAACGGCAUAAAUCGUCUUGUCUGUCUUGCUGAAACCACUGUUGCUUCAGGUGACGAUGAAGGUUGCAUUAAGGUAUGGGAUACUCGGGAACGCUCCUGCUGUAACACUUUUCAUUGUCACGAAGAUUACAUAUCAGAUAUGACAUAUGUAUCUGAUUCAAAUCAAAUACUGGCAACAAGUGGUGAUGGGACUUUAUCUGUCAACAAUCUUCGUAGGAAUAAAGUAAAAUCACAAUCUGAAUUUUCAGAAGACGAGUUACUAUCUGUGGUGGUAAUGAAGAAUGGUAAAAAGGUUGUAUGUGGAACUCCAAGUGGAGCUCUAUUGUUGUAUUCAUGGGGAUUUUUUAAGGAUUGCAGUGACCGCUUUCUGGGGCAUGCACAGUCUGUUGAUACCAUGCUGAAGCUGGAUGAAGAAACUUUGAUAUCUGGUGCAGCAGAUGGUGUGAUCAGAUUAGUGGGCAUCUUACCUAACAGGAUCAUUCAGCCACUCGCAGAGCAUUCAGAAUAUCCAAUUGAGGCCCUUGCUUUCUCAAACGACAGGAAUUAUCUAGGAAGCAUUUCACAUGACAAAAUGUUGAAGCUAUGGGACUUGCAAGACCUCUUGAAUGGCCAACAAUCAGUUCAAGAUGAUAAACAUGGUGAAGAAGAUAGUGAUGACAGUGAUGAUGAUGGAAUGGAUGUAGACAUGGACCCGAGCUCUUCAAAAGGAUCAAGGAGUGCAAAGACAGGGAAGAGUCAGAAUUCAGGUGGUGUCACGUCAGACUUCUUUGCAGAUUUGUAGGUGGAACGCCUAACUAUGAAGCUUCAUGAGGGCAAACCGUGUCCACAAGUCCACAUGAAGUGGCAAGAGAGCAGUUUUUGAUUGCCGACAGUUCACAAAGUGGCAAGUGAGCAAUUUUUGAUUGCCGACGCAGUUUUGAUGUUUUCCGGUGCAAUGCAUGUUAAAUAUUGUGCAUCAGAAUAUCGGCUUGUAUUAGGGAGUGACUUUCAUGAUUUGGCUUGAUUUUUGGUUAUCAAUGUUGAGGGGAAAAAUAAUAUCCGGGCCGUGCUCUAUUGAGGUAUAUUAGUUGUAGUGCCCUGAUAUUGCUGAGUA